AUGUCUGCGACUAAGAGAUUGGUAGUAUGUGGUGGAAAUGGGUUUUUGGGUUCGAGGAUUUGCAAAUCCGCCGUUGCGAGGGGGUGGGAUGUUACGAGUAUUAGUCGCUCCGGCGAACCAACCUGGUCCUCCGUCACAUCCUCUCCCACCCCACCUCCCUGGUCCCACAAAGUAACCUGGGAACGCGCCGACAUCCUCAAACCCUCCACCUACGCCCCGCUCCUCAAAUCCGCCGACUAUGUCGUACACACCAUGGGAAUCCUCCUCGAAGCCGACUACAAAGGCGUAAUCUCAGGACGGGAAUCCCCCAUCUCCGGUCUCACCCGCGCAUUCUCCUCUCAAAAAUCUGGUUCUCAAAAUCCUCUCACUCGAAAACCAGGAGAAGAUCUACAACCGCAGGAAAAAGAUGGACAAAUAACCUACGAAUUAAUGAAUCGAGAUUCCGCAAUCACAUUAGCAUCUGAAUCCUACAAGGAGAAUGUUCCUGCUUUUGCGUAUAUAAGUGCUGCAGGUGGAGCACCCGUUCUGCCAAAGAGAUACAUAGAUACGAAACGAGCGGCCGAAAGUACCAUUGCGAGUGAGUUUCCUAAGAUGAGGAGUGUGUUUAUUAGACCUGGGAUGUUGUAUGAUACUUCAAGGAAGAUUACUGUGCCAUUGGCUGCGGCAACAGGGUUGGGUGCUGCUUUUAAUGGGCUCACUGGGGGAAUAUUUGGAGGAAUUAUGGGCGCUGCAGGAGUUAAACCUUUAAAGGCUGAUGUGGUUGCUGAGGCUGUUGUCGAGGCUUUGAGUGAUGAGAAUGUGAAGGGUCCUGUCGAGGUUAAGGAAAUCGAGCAGUUGGCUGAGAAGGCUUGGAGAAAGGGUAUGUUGUAA